AUGCAUUAUACUACUGAUUAUGCAUAUCUAAUAAUCACAUGGAUGCCGACUGUGAGUCUCAAACCACUUGCCAGUGAUGGAAGCAAAAAGGGCAAACUGCAGACAAAUGCAAACCACCCGCCACAACAUUACGUAGUAAUACCACCCCUUUCGAGCAGCAGCCAAAAGAAGCCCCUAUUAGUUCUCAGGAAUGCAGAAUACUUAGGGCAAAUAAAUAUGGAAGGAGCUGGUGCACUACCGGUCACAUGCCAGUUAUGUAACACCAUGGGUCACGUCGCCUUGAGAUGCAUAAAAAUGAGUGAAAAUCCAAUAGCUUGCUCUAUUUGUAAAGGACAGGACCAUACGACAAAUAAUUGUCCAAUACAUAAAGUAGUCUGCCAAAUAUGCAACUUAGCAGGACACAUAGCUCUCAACUGCCAACAGCGCCAGCCACCAUCUAACGCCCAACCACGUGGCACGCAAUGCCGCAACAAAGGACACGUCGCUUCAGAUUGUAAAACUUGUGCCUACUGUUUAAACCGUGGACAUACGAUACUAGAAUGUAAAAAGCACGAAUGA